AUGAAGUUCAAUCCGCGUGUGACCUCUUCUCGCCGGAAGAACAGGAAGGCUCAUUUCUCGGCUCCUUCUAGUGUGAGACGCGUGCUUAUGAGCUCGCCGUUAUCCACCGAUCUCCGGCAGAAGUACAAUGUCAGAUCGAUGCCGAUUAGGAAGGACGACGAGGUGCAGGUUGUUCGUGGGACGUUCAAGGGAAGAGAAGGGAAGGUGAUGCAAGUGUAUCGCCGCAAGUGGGUGAUUCACAUCGAGAGAAUCACAAGGGAGAAAGUCAACGGAACCACGGUCAACGUCGGCGUGAAUGCUUCAAAUGUGGUGAUCACCAAGCUCCGUCUUGACAAGGAUAGGAAGUCUCUGUUGGAGCGUAAGGCUAAUGGACGCGCCGUCGCAGAUAAGGAGAAGGGGACGAAGUUCACGGCUGAAGAUGUUAUGCAGAGCGUAGAUUAA